AUGUCGCCUACAGUCCUUGGAACACCUCCCUCAACUCGUACUCAAAGAGUCUUAUUGACUCUUGAAGAACUCGGCAUCGAGUAUGAGUUGAAGAACGUCGAUCUUGGUAAGGGACAGCACCAUGACCCCGAAUACGUAAAGGAGCACCAUCCCUUUGCCAAGGUUCCCGUUUUUCAAGACUCGGGCUUCGAAAUCUUCGAGUCCAGGGCCAUUUCACGCUACCUAGCCGUGAAGAACGACUCUCCUCUCAUCCCUCAUUAUGGCGAUGCCAAGGCUUUGGCGGCUUUUGAGCAACUUGCCAGCGUCGAGUACGCCUAUUUUGAGCCAGCUGUUUCCACCCUUGCGUUUGAGCUUAUUUUUAAGAGGCUUUUCAACCUCGGAGAGACCAACCAGGCGACUGUUGAUCAGCAAAAGGCCCUGCUCAAUACGACUCUGGACUAUUACAACCGAGUUCUGGAUACGCAAGACUACCUUGCUGGCGAGAACUAUAGCUUGGUUGACCUAUUCCAUGUCCCUUGGCUUGGAUUCCUGAGAGACCGCUUACAGCUUGGCGAGGUCAUCGAUUCGAGGAAAAACGUAGCAUCAUGGGCGGAGCGCAUCGCUCAGCGUCCGGCAUCAAAGGCAGUUGCAGCAAAGGCGACUCAGCACUUAGUAGAUCUAUAA